AUGAAAUCGAGCACUCGCCAGCGCUAUAAGUGUAGACGACUUUGCUGGCAGUCUUUCUGUCGUGCCGUCUCAUUGGUAAAAUUUCCUUCUCUGCCCUUUCCGCUUCGUAGCAAGGCAUCAGUAUCGGAUGAGGUUCCAGUUCGAUCGGUCCAGCGGGAACGGCAAGCACAGACCAUUUUCUUGGCGUUUUUCCGCGCAUAA